CGUCGACCAUUCAGUGCUUGCUAGAUCAGCGCAGCCCGAGGAUCGCCGUUCAACUCUCGUCGUCGCCAGCUCGCUCGCUCGCUCGCUCGUCGACGGACUACCAGCUCUCUUUCGUUGCGCAGAGUUCCACUACGCCACCGCUUCGCUUGGUUAUUUAUUUUUCGCCGACGUCCGUCAGCCGACGAGCUGCUGUGUGCCGCGAGCGACGUCCAGUGCUUUUUUUUGUUUCUCCCCUCGCCCCCGUUUCGUUCGGCCCCGGACUCGCCGCUGGUUGUCGCCGCGCCCGUGAUAUGGAUGGAGUGUCUCAGUGACAAACUCGGGGAGCAGGACCAAUCCCAGAGGAUGGCAUUGUCGUACGAGGCGCAGAUCACCGCAGGACUGUUAGCCAUGAAGCAGGAAGCCGCGGAGAAGCACCGCCAGCAGUCGUCGCCGCCGCCGCCGCUCAACAACAACAACAACAACAACAGCGUGAGCGCCAACAACAACGGCGGCCAGGCGGCCUCGAGCAUGUUCUCCAACCAGGCGCUGGCCGCGGCCGCUGCCGCGGCCUCGCUCACCUCGAUGCUGACGCCCCAGCAGAUCAUCGCGGCCCAGUGCCAGGCGCUGCUCGCCGCGGGCACCUUCCCCGUUAGUCUCGGCAGCCCCUCGCUUUACGGGCACCAACUGUUCGGUGGCUGGGCGCCGCCCUCGGCCUCCUCGCCGCCGCUGCAGCAGGCGGCCGGGCCGCUGUCGCCCGGGCUGCAGGCUGCCGCCUGCAACAACAACAACGUGGCGGCCGCCGGCAAGAAGCCGGCCGCCGGCGGCCCGCCGAAGAAGAAGCAUCAGCAGCAACAGCAGCAGCAGUCCGCCAAGGCCGGCCCCUCGAGAGAAGCCGCGGGCCCCGAGGCGAGCAGCGAGGCAGCGGCGCCCAGCCCGGCCAGCUCCGGCAGCCCCGAGUCGCAUCGCGACCCCAGGGACAAGGUGUUCACCUGCGCCAUCUGCGCCAGGUCCUUCGGCUACAAGCACGUGCUGCAGAACCACGAGAGGACCCACACCGGCGAGAAGCCCUUCAAGUGCCCCGAGUGCCACAAGAGGUUCACCCGGGACCACCACCUGAAGACGCACAUGCGCCUGCACACCGGCGAGAAGCCCUACCACUGCAGCCACUGCGACCGCCAGUUCGUGCAGGUGGCCAACUUGCGCCGGCAUCUGCGCGUGCACACCGGCGAGCGGCCCUACCAGUGCCAAGUGUGCACGGCCAAGUUCAGCGACAGCAACCAGCUCAAGGCUCACGUGCUCAUCCACAAGGACGAGAAGCCGUUCAAAUGCGAGCACUGCCUGUCGCGCUUCCGCCGCAGGCACCACCUCAACCACCACAAGUGCACCGCGCUGCCGGCGAGCCUCGUCAGCACCGAGCUCGCGGAGGCGCGGCGGCCGCGCGAGCCGCCCGCGCCCGCGUGCAGCGCCGCGGCGAUGCCACUCAACCUGGCCAGCCUGCCCGAGCAGACCGAGCCCGAGGACCUGUCCAUGGCCGGCGCCAGGCACUACACCGCCCGGCCGCACUCGCACAGCAGCGGCGGCGGCUCACCCAUGAGCCACUCGCCCAACAGCGACGUCAACGACGAGGAGGAGGAGGAGGUCGACCUGUCCCGCGAGAGCCCCAGCAGCCUCUUUGCCCUCGACGCCCACCGCCCUAGGUGAAGCUCGCUUUGGCACAGCCAGCGCCCGGCUGCCGCCGCCGUUUGCCCCGUCGGACGCUAUCCGCUCUCUCUACAAUGCGCCUCGUUGGUGUAGAUAGACCCGCUCUCUUGCUUUCCUCGUUCGCCGCUCGGAAGUGCCAAGUCGAUUAGCGAUUCGAUAUUGUGAUGUCCCGCCGUCCUCGAGGGGCCAGCCUCUUUCACCUCGACGUACGAUUCUCGACUAGGGCCCGCCAUCCGAAGGGAAUGUUAAUUUUAUUUUUCCAAUUAUCAUUGCUUCGCUUGGCAAGGGUCGCCCCGAGUGUGCAGCUCGACAAUCGCCACGUCGGCGCGAAACGGCGCGCCCGCGCGGACCAGGGAUGGAGGAAAGAGAAGAAAACGUUUUAUUUGCACGAAUGAACACGUCUUGUUUUAGCGAUCGACGGGGUUUAGCGCUCUAUUUGUACAUAAGAAAGAGGAGGACGCGUAUUGCGCAGAGCAGAGUAGAUUUCAUGUUCUUUUUUUCAAUAAGCGUUCAAGCGUGAAGAGAAUAAAUGAUAUUAUAUAAAUAUAUAUGAAUUAUACAUAGAUACUGUAUAGAAAACGCACGCGCGAGUACAUGUGAUGAUGACUGAGCGAGCGAAUGAAGAAGGGAAAUUCAGUUUUUUUUUCAUUAGCCUACGAUAGUUGGAAGCAAGAGGAGAUAAGAAAAAAAUUUUUUAGAGAAAAUAGAUGAAAAAAAAUUAAAAAAAAUAAAAUUUCGAAUAAUAAGAAGAGACGACAUUCUCGUGGAAUAGUGUGAAUGAUGUUAACUGGUAUACAAGUUCCUCUGACAGUAAAAAACACGGGGAGAGUGAUCCACGUCGGUCUGCCCGUCAAAGCACUCUGUCGCCCUCGCGCAUGCUAUCUCUCUCUCACACACACACGCACACGCACACACACACACAAACACGCACACACACACACACACACAUGCACGUAUAAGCGUUACGUGUCCAAAGACUUGGCUAUAUAGGGUUUAAUAAUUUGUUCGCGUGGCCGAACACGAACCGACGAUGACGCUUAAAUUAUAGAUUAGCCCGCGACGCUUACGUCGCUUGCGCGUCAUACGUGCGAAUGGUUUUAGUUGUAAUUGGCCCCUCUACCUCUUUCUCUCUCGCUCUCGCUCACUUUUUUUCCCCUUAGAUUACUACCAUUAUUAUCGUACAAUUAUUGUAACUCGCGCAUAGGCCAUGAAGCCGUUCGAUACGUCUAUAUUAUCGUUUGUUUCUUUUUUAUAUUUAUUUUUUCCCCAAUGCUCUCAUUGUUGUUAUGUUGUCAUCGCGGCUAAGUUUUUCUUUUUUUUGUGAUGUACAUAAUGCAGUUGGACGAGAUAAUCAAAAAGAAAGAAGUUAAGGUGAUGACGUUACUAUAACGAUGGUAGUCAGCUAAACGAGAUAAGACUAUUGUUAUAUCGUGAAUAACUAAAUCAAAUACAUAAGCAACAUUUUUUUAAAUAAUAUACUUUUGUUUUUGUUUGUUAUUUAUUUUCUCUGAUUUCAUA